ACCAGGACACACGGCUAAAUAUGGAUCAUAUAGUUUGAUGGACCUGGAGCUGAGACAGAUACUUGAUGUUCAACUAGUUCAGAGCAAUGAAGUCAAAAGUUCAUAUUGGAUGGAAAUGGAGGGUUUGACAAGGUGCCUUAAGAGAGUGGAAGAGGAGGGUAUAGUUAUUAGUGACCUCGUUACUGACAGACAUCCUCAGAUUAAAGCUUACAUGAAAAAAGAAAAAAGUGAUAUCAACCAUUGGUUUGAUAUGUGGCAUAUGGCCAAAGGGGUGUUUAAAAAGUUGGAGGCUAUUGGGAAGAAAAAGAAGUACAAGCAAGUGGGUGAUUGGUCUCGGUCAGUUUCAAACCACCUAUACUGGUGUGCGGCAUCUAGCGAAGGAGAUGGUGAAUUGGUUUCUGAGAAAUGGCUGUCUAUCCUCAACCAUAUCACUAAUGUUCAUGAGGGUCAUGGAAAGCGAUUCCCCAAGUGCUUACAUGGUGACCUGGAGGACAGAGAUUGGAUUAAGAAAGGUAGUCUAGCUUUCCAGGAGAUGGAAAAGGUUGUUAAUGGCAGACUUUUGGUACAAGACAUCAAGAAACUCUCCCCUGCAGAGCAAACUUCAGCCCUGGAAACAUACCACAAUGUUGUGUGUCAUUUUGCACCUAAAGCUCUGCAUUUUUUUUAUGGUGCAAUGAAGGCCAGAAUAUACAUUGCAGCCCUUCACUUUAAGAAAACUCCAGCCGGGAUCAAGCUGUGA